AUGGCUGAUCAGACAGGAAGGGUUGGUGCAUUUAGGCUACAUGCAUCGAGACCCGAGCGGUGCCGUAGCCGAGGCCCCUCCGCCGCCUUCAACGCUUCAUCACCUCAGACAAUAAACUCACUUUCAAGUCAGAAUCUGUCUGUGAUUCAGAGUCCAUCCAGCAUCACUGUGAAUGAAGGAGAAUCUACUCACAUCAGCUGCUGCUGGAAUGAAAUCACACAGAAAGUUAAAGUUGCUUGGUACAUCAAUGAGAAAAAACACACCAGAGUAAAGCAGGAUUUCCAAGAGCAUAAAACACAGAACUGUUCAAUUCUGAAUCUCACAAACAUACUUAAAACCGCUUCAGGUCAUUAUGUUUGUGAAGUGACUCAAGACAUACCAAUCCUGCUUGAGAAGAAUGGUAGUGGAACAGUCAUAUCUGUCAAUGACAAUCUAGUAGAAAUGACAACUGUCAGAGUUCACACACUUUUCAACCCAGCAGCUGGUAGUUUGCGGGAGGUUGUGAUCAUAUAUAUUUUCAGAAGUCUGCCCUUCAUCUGUCUGCUGGUGGUGUUCUUUUACCUAAACAGGGACAAAAAACAAGUCACAGCAUCAAGACCAGCAGUUGAGCAUGCUGUAGAGUCAGAAAGACCGGAUGAAGACCUGGAGGCCGGAGAGACACAGAGGAGUGAAACUGAAGAGGCGAAACAGGGUGAGAAUGUUUCUGAACAGGAGAAAAAGAGGGUCAGUAACGAGAAACCUGAAGUUACUGCUACAACAGAAGAAGAAGAAGAUGAAGAAAAACAGAUUGAUGUAGUUGUAGACACUGAACAAGGUACAUCUCCAAUGCAUGACAAUGAAAAAAACAAGACUGAAUCUGUUCUGAACACUGACGAAAAGACACAUCUAAUGACUGAUGCUGAAGAAGUGACUGUUUCUGUGCUGGGCGGCUUUGUUUCAGCUCUGUGAGACACACAGGAAAUGGAGUCAUGG